CUUACAGCUUUUACAGUUUUCUUAUUUCACGUCUCCAACCCCUGUCCCUAUUAUUGCAUCGUAUUGAUACAUUAGCAAAGCCAAACUCGGCCCUGUGGUCACCCUAGAUUUGACGAACUACCAGCAGCGCUGUUGUCUACGCCUUCAUAAUGGCCGAGGAACGCUAUGCGGAGUAUAAGGAGGCCUUCACUUUGUUUGAUAGCGAUGGGGACGGCUUCAUUACCACAAAGGAGCUAGGGACAGUGCUGCGCGCCCUGGGAAAAUCGCCAACAGAGGCAGAGAUUAAGACGAUCGUUAAGGACAUUGACCCGGACAACCGCGGCGUAGUUGACUAUAAGGAGUUUGAAAAGAUCAUGACCCGGGAUAUACGAGAGUAUGACAAUGAGCAGGACCUGAAGGCUGCCUGGAAGGUUUUCGACAAGGCUGGACAAGGCUUUAUCUCAAAAAGCGAAUUAAAGCACGUGUUGACUAGCGUUGGUGAGAAGCUAAGCCCGGAGGAGAUUAACGAGAUGAUGGCGGAGGCGGACCCGGAGAACACCGGAAAGGUCAUCUACGAUAACUUUAUCCGGAUGAUGCUAGCUCGGUGAUGUGCGUUCUUAUCGAGCUUGACAUAGGGCUUGGUUUUAUACCUAUCGGUGCUUGUAGGGGAUUAAAUUAGGUGUCCAUGUGCAGCGGUUGGCACGAGAGAAGAUGCCGACAUUAUUUGAGAAAGAAAAGAAGUGUGAUGCGCAAUAUUGAGCUCUGCGCAUGGCACGAUUGGCUUCAGACUCGUCGGGUUUCUUCCGGAGCGGUUAUGCGCAUGUUUGGAUGUUGCUGGUCUAUCCUCGGUUCGGACAGGCAGCCCUGUCAAUUGAUAGUAAUGGGGUGCAGGAUGUUGCUUGUUUGGUUCCUUGUAGAGUCACUGGCAAAUUUGCCAAAUAUUGGGCCUCGCCGGGCAACCCAUGACAGUGUCCCCAUGACAGUAUAGGCUACCAAAGCAAUGUCGCACGUGGAAAUAGUAUUUUUGUUUGCUGUGAGCUGUGUCUUCUAGCCAUAAAGAAACCUUGCUUAAAAUACAGAUACAGCUGGCACAGGCUGCAUACGGCCUAUGGGAAGUUGGCCCCGUACAGUGCAAUGCGGAGUUGAACGUAUAAUACCGGUGGACCGACUACAACUGCUUUCACAAGAUCGCAACGGCGGUCAGUUUUUGCUUGCCAUCUUGACAUAGCCUUAGGAAACAGUUAGCAGAUGCACGCUUUUAUCACUUGUGGGAUGCGUGACAUAAAGAGUAUAGAUCUUGUAUUGAUAUAAGGUUACCUACUUAGUACCCUUUAAAGUGCCGGAAUGCAACGGUAUGUAAACGCAC